CCGCGCGGACAGUCGAGGACGAACGCAGCGCGCCGCAGCCAUCUAGACACCAUGUGGCAAACUGGCGUCGCCCUGGCUGUAAUCUACGGCAUUUUCAUUAUUCUGGGACUAAUUGGUAACAUCACACUCAUCAGGACGUUUUGCUCCACCAAAUCCAUCCGGAACGUCCCGAACCUCUUCAUGUCCAGCCUCGCGCUCGGAGAUGUUUUGCUGCUCGUGACGUGCGCGCCGGUGGACGCGAGCCGUUAUAUAUCAGAGGAAUGGCUGUUCGGGAGAACCGGUUGUAAAGUCAUCCCGUUCAUCCAACUAACUUCGGUCGGGGUGUCCGUGUUCACGCUCACGGCUCUGUCUGCUGAUAGAUACCGAGCCAUCGUGAAUCCCCUGGACAUCCAGACUUCCAGGACCACCGGCAGCAUCGUCCUGCAGGCGGCUCUCAUCUGGCUCCUGGCUCUGGUCCUGGCCGUGCCGGAGGCCGUCUUUUCAGACCUGCAGACCUUCGACAUCACCAGCACCAACGAGACCUUUGUCACAUGCGCCCCCUAUCCGCACACCGGGGAGCUGCAUCCAAGGAUCCACUCCACGAUGUCCUUCCUCAUAUUCUACCUGAUCCCCCUGCUGGUCAUAUUGGUGUACUACACCCUCAUCGCUCAAAGCCUCUUCCGCAGUGCCUCCAAUUUACCGGUGGAAGGAACCAUCAACAGACGACAAGUUGAGUCGAGGAAGCGUCUGGCCAGAACCGUGCUGGUGUUUGUGGGCCUGUUUGCGGUGUGUUGGCUACCAAGCCACGUGGUCUACCUGUACCGCUCCUACCACUAUUCACAGCCGGACACCUCGAUGGUCCACUUCCUGUUCAGCGUUGCGGCCCGUCUGUUGGCCUUCACCAACUCCUGCCUGAACCCCUUGGCCCUCUACCUGCUGAGCAAGGGCUUCCAGCAGGACUUCAACCAGCAGCUCCGGGGCUUCUGCUGCCCCCUGGUGGUCCGGAGGGCCGCCUCACUCUCCCUGCAGAAGUCUGUUCACGUGACCUCGGUCCGCAGCACGCGACAGCAGUCCCUGGCCAGCCACCACGGACCCCCCGUUUACCAGGAAGGACACUUCUGAGGACCGUGGGGGGUUAUUAUAAUAAUUAUAACUAGAAUUUAUGUAGCACCUUCGCUAGGUCGCUUAUGUUGAUGUGUGUGUGUCUUUGUUUUCUUGCAAAGUGUGUAUAGUGUUAUAGUGAGUAAAGUUUGUAUAGUUUGUGCCACCCGCCUGUGUGUGAUGCAUUCGUAUAUAUGUGCUUGAUAUCAGUAAAUGUGAAGCCUUAACUACAGAAUAGGUAAUUUGUUAUAAUGACCCACAACGUCACCUCUAAACCCAGUAUCAACUGGUCGAAGAAACCGCCAUACCUCAUGUCUAGUUUAUGUCUGCCAAAACAAAAUUCUAUUCGAUUCAAUUUAAAUGUGUUAAUUGAAGCAAUGGUCAUUUUAUUCUGAUCAUAUUCAUUCAUUGAAUUUAUACAACGCUUAGUUUGUUAAAGUGUAGGUGAACCCCCUGUUUCAUUUGAAACUCGAACACUCACAUCAUUCGAGGAUCAUAUGAUAUAUUACCGUGUUUAGAACAAACAAUCCCUUUCAAGGUCCCUCAUUGGCCACAACCAGAAAAUGCCUGUCAAUUCUUGCUGUGUUAACCUGUGACACGUGUUAACACUUGUAACAAUUUAUUUUUCACAUUCCCAGCGGCCUUCCAUAGCAUUGUACCAGUGUACAUUCACUAUCAGUUAUAUUAUGUAGUGUAGAUGUAUAUCAGGUGUGUGCGUUGGUGUUCUUGGUUUGUAAUUGUUGAGAUAAAUGUCUGUCCGUACAUAGAACAAAUGAACACUGUUCUAAUAUAUGAUGCUAACAAUUUGAUGUAAUUUAUAAUCUGUUUUUUAAAAGUAACUGCUAAACUGAACCAAAACUGUAUGCAUAUUGUAGGUAUCUUCAUUGCCUUACGUGUUGUGGACUUGAGAAGAGAAGUUUCAGGAAUGUGUUUAUACUGUAGAACAUCCUACAGGCCUUAUAUCAUAACUUUGCUGCCAUUGUUGUCAAUGGCUGUAUGCCAAUCGCUAAAUGCUCACCUGGUUCACCUGUGAUAAUGGUGUUGAAUAUACUUCAUGUGAACAAAUAAAGGAGUGGUGUGGAA